UUGAUUCCGUGCACGGCGGAUGCCUGGCAAUUAUUGGAGCAUCUAAGACGGGUUUGCUGCCGGAAAACUCUGUCUCGGUCACUUCAUCCAUACACAAGCCAGUAUGCUACUUGGGGCAUCUGAGGACGACGCUGUUUCGGAUCGUCACAUUUAUCUGAAUGAUCCUUUGAAAAAUGCCACUCAAAAGUUUCUACACAACUCUAUAACUACGGGGAAAUAUAACUUUGCGACCUUUUUGCCAAAGUUCUUUUAUGAGCAAUUCAGCAAAUAUGCAAACUUGUUUUUCCUCUUUACGGCCAUUAUUCAGCAAAUCGGAGACUUGUCGCCGACAAAUAAAUUUGGCACGGUUAUACCACUGUCAAUCGUUCUGGUGGCAUCGGCAGUUAAGGAAAUCAUGGAAGACAUGAAGCGGCAUUCGCAAGAUGCCGAGACCAACGCUCGAUCUGUCAAGGUUCUCUCUGGAUCUCAAUUUAUUCCAAAGCAAUGGCGCCACGUAGUUGCGGGUGAUAUUGUCAGAGUUGAGAACGGACAGUUCUUUCCGGCCGACCUCAUCCUCCUGAGCUCAAGUGAGCCAGAUGCCCUAUGCUACAUUGAAACAAGUAACUUGGAUGGUGAGACAAAUCUGAAGAUUCGACAGGGACUACCGGAAACGGCAAACUAUCUCACGCCGGAGGACGUGGCCAAGCUUGAAGGUGUAAUCAAAUCAGAGCAGCCAAACAAUUCGCUCUAUACAUAUGAAGGCACACUCCGUUUGGGCAGCAAGGAAAUACCACUGGACCCAGCGCAGUUGUUACUCCGAGGAGCUAUGCUUCGAAACACACGUUGGAUUUACGGCGUUGUGGUAUUUACAGGACACGAAACAAAGCUUAUGAAAAAUGCCACCGCAACGCCAAUCAAAAGAACAAAAGUCGAACGACUUGUAAACACUGAAAUUACCUUCUUAUUUGUUCUUUUGGUCGCACUGGCGGUGACAUGUGCCCUGGGCGCUCUUGGUCGGCAACUGGGUAACCCUUUCGAAAGAGAGGUUCUGCUUCUCGAUCCGGGUACCGCAUGGGCCAGAUUUCCCGGAAAUAUCCUCACAUAUAUCAUUCUGUUUAACAAUUUAAUUCCUCUCAGUCUCAUCGUGACCAUGGAGUUGGUCAAAUACAUCCUCGGGGCGUUCAUCAAUCAGGACGCCGACAUGUAUCAUGAGGAAAGCAACUCACCUGCCAUGGCGAGGACGUCGUCCCUAGUUGAGGAACUGGGACAGAUCGACUAUAUUUUCUCAGAUAAGACGGGCACUCUCACAUGUAACGUCAUGGAGUAUCGGAUGUGCACGAUUGCAGGCAUUGCAUAUGCGGAGGUAGUUCCCGAGGACAAGAGAGUUCGCGUGGACGAGAAUGGAAAGGAGGUUGGGUAUUGGGACUUUCAAAAGCUGAAGCAUAAUGAACAAAACCACGCAACGGCGCCUGUGAUCCAGGAGUUUAUGAGGCUUUUAGCUGUCUGCCAUACUGUUAUUCCUGAAGCAAAUGAAGAAACUGGCGAGAUAAAUUUCCAGGCAUCAUCCCCCGAUGAAGGCGCGUUGGUUAAAGGAGCUCAAAAGCUGGGUUGGGCUUUUACAACUCGUCGUCCCCGUUCGGUCAUGUAUUCCCACAAUGGCCAAUCGUACGAGUACGAAGUUCUCAAUAUUUGCGAAUUCAACUCAACUCGUAAGCGCAUGAGUGCAGUUGUCCGUGGUCCCGACGGCAAGAUCAAAUUGUAUGUCAAAGGAGCUGACACCGUCAUUUUGGAACGGCUCGCACAGCAUAAUCCUUACGUUGAAACGACUUGCGCAAACUUGGAAGACUACGCAAAUGAAGGGCUGCGGACUCUUUGUAUUGCAUAUCGCGAUGUUUCAAAUGAAGAGUAUGCUGAGUGGUCAAAGAUUUACGAAAAAGCUGCCACAACCAUCAAUAAUAGAGGCGCUGAAUUGGACAAGGCCGCUGAAUUGAUAGAAAAAGAACUUUUUUUGCUUGGAGCUACGGCGAUUGAGGACAGAUUGCAAGAUGAAGUACCCGAUACCAUUCACACACUUGCUCAAGCCGGAAUCAAGCUUUGGGUGUUGACAGGUGAUCGGCAGGAAACAGCCAUCAAUAUUGGUUAUUCUUGCAAGCUGAUUACGGAGGAAAUGAGUUUAAUUGUGUGUAAUCAAUCGACGCAUUUUGAGACAAAAGAGUUCUUAUUACAAAAGCUGAAUGCCGUAAGGGCGUCAGUGUCAGGCGCACCCAUUGCGCCCGUGAACGACGACUAUGGAUUCGGGGCGUAUGUCAAGAAGGGCUAUGCUAUGUUUGGCUUUGAAAGGAAAGCACCCAAGAUGAGCAAAGAUUCAAUUCCGGAAGCAGAGCCGCUGGCUCUUGUUAUCGAUGGACGCACCCUCGAAUAUGCUCUUGAAGACGACAUCAAGUUUACCUUCCUUGCACUGGCUACGAUGUGCAAGGCUGUCAUCUGCUGUCGCGUUUCUCCCCUGCAGAAAGCUCUCGUUGUGAAGCUCGUCAAAAAGAACGUUGCAGAUUGCGUCACGCUGGCAAUUGGUGACGGUGCUAAUGAUGUCUCGAUGAUUCAAGCUGCGCAUGUAGGUAUCGGCAUUUCUGGAAUGGAAGGUCUUCAAGCUGCUCGUGCUGCCGAUUUCGCAAUCGCCCAGUUCAGAUUCCUGAAGAAAUUGCUCCUUGUCCAUGGAGGAUGGGCCUACUCACGAAUGAGUAAAUUGGUCUUGUAUAGUUUCUAUAAGAACAUUACUCUAUACUUGAUUCAGUUGUGGUUUACGAAAGACAAUGGCUUUUCCGGACAGACGCUUUUUGAAACUUGGACGCAAGCAGCCUAUAAUAUCAUCUUUGCAGUGUUCCAGCCCAUCGCCAUUGGUAUCUUUGAUCAAUACGUAUACAGUCGCACACUUGAACGCUACCCCCAGCUUUACCGACUUGGACAGACUGGGGAAUUCUACAAUCACAACGCUUUCUGGGCAUGGAUCAUCAACUCCUUCUUCCAUUCCCUUCUCAUGUACUAUCUUAUGCAUGCAGUUUACGGGGAAGGUGUUAUGCUCGGCCUCGGAGGCUAUGCAGCCAACAUUUGGAUUUUCGGCGAAAUGAUAUAUACGACUGACUUGAUCACCAUUACCCUUAAAGCCGCCAUAACGUGCUCUACCUGGGUCAAGUUUACGCACAUUGCUGUGUGGGGGAGUAUUGGAGUGUGGUUCUUCUUGUUCCCCAUUUAUGCCACUGUUGCGCCCAUGAUUGGGGUGGCCAGGAUGGAACUGCAAGGAAUGAUGCCUUUCAUGUUUGGAGCGGCUACGUUCUGGUGGGCCAUCAUUUUGGUGCCUCUCGUGGCAAACUUGCGAGAUUUUACUUGGAAAUUUUUCAAGCGCCAGGCCCUCCCUCGCUCCUACCAAAUUGUUCAAGAGAUUCAGAAAUAUAACAUCCAAGACCACCGACCAAGGGCAGAAGUCUUCCGGAAAGCUGUUACAAAAGUGCGCCAGUUCCAGCGUGUUAAGCGCAACCGCGGAUUUGCGUUCUCGCAAAACGAGAGUGGGCAGGCGGCAUUGAUUAGGUUGUAUGACACAACACGAAGGAAGCCGCGGGGAUAGAAAGACUCGAGCUACUUACUGCUCACGAACUAGUUGCGCGUUGUUAGAACUCAUAGUCACUAGUUGUUAUAUACUCAAACAUGGAUUCAAGGGUCUGCCAUUCUCAA